GUCGCCUCCGGGGCAGCCCGCAGGCGGGUGUGGGCAUGAGCCGCGGCGGGGGCCGAGGGCCGUGGUCCGGGCGUGUAGAGAGGCUGCGGAGGUGAAGCCCCUGCUCCCUCGCCGGGCAGAAUGGAGGCUGUUGGCGCCGCAGAGGACGUGUUUUAUGAGGAGGAGGAGGUGAACUGCUAUGACUUCGAGCCUCUACCGACGCUGCUGGAGGAUGAGGAGAAUGUGUCCCUUGCUGAUAUUUUGUCGCUGCGGGAUAGCUGUCUUACUGAGCAAGAUAUCUGGGCAGUUUGCCUGGAGUGUUGCCAUUCUCUGAAGAGUAUUGCCCAUUCUGCAAUCUUCCAGACACUGUGCAUCACUCCUGAUACUUUGGCUUUUAACACCAAUGGCAAUGUAUGCUUCAUGGAACAGCUCAGUGAUGAUCCAGAGGGUGCCUUUGUUCCACCAGAAUUUGAUAUCACGGGUAACACUUUUGAGGCGCACAUCUAUUCUUUGGGUACAACGAUGAAAGCAGUGAUAGAAUAUACAUUAGAACCUGAGACAGAAUCAGAAUUUGGACAGGAUCUACAUACUCUACUGGAACAAAUGCAAGAAGAGAAUCCUGAAAAUAGGCCAGAUAUUGAGAGCAUUUUGUCAUUAUGUGAAGAAAAACUGAAGGUUGCUUCAUCAAGUAAUAUUUGUCGAAGCCUGUCUGCUGUUGGAAGAAGAGUUCUUUCAAUUGAAUCAUUUGGUGCUUCCCAAGAUAUCUGUGAUAACAUGUGGAAGGGAAGAAUGUGUCAGAGAAGUUUGGGAUCUAAAUUGCAUUCAAAUGAGAAAAACAACAUAGCAGGUGAUUUGUCUGCAGUAGAAGAUGUGACAGCUACCUGUCAUAAGGAUUCUUCUAUAGUUACUAUGGUGACUGGCAGAGAAAGAGGUUUAAAGGAAAUGCAAAUUGAUCUGGAUAACGAGAAAACUCAACAUUCUCAACUUGCAACUCAAACUAAAGAGAGCAAAGAAGAGGACAAACAUGCAGUGUAUACUGACAGUUUUGCUAGUGUUGCAUUGGAUAUAAAAUCUUGUGUUACUGACCUGGAGAGAGAUGGCAUUUUUAAGAAAGGCUCUUUGAGAAAAAUUAAAACCUUUCCAAAGCUACCAAUGGAACCUGCAGAUACGAAUAACUUUUUUACUUCUGUAACCAAUAGAGGACCGCUACCUAGGAAAAAUCACUUGCUAACACAAGAGUCACUACCUCUAGACAAUAAUAAUGAGGUUGCUUUUGCAAAGGGAGAUCUGAAUUCAUUUGCUGUAAGUAGUCCACCAAAAAUAGAACCAACGAAUCACCAGGUUAAUGAUCUUCAUUUAGAAGCUCCAUGUGUAUGCACACAGGUGUCUGGCAUGAAUCUAGAAGAACAUAGGUUGCUUAUUAAUGGUAAAAAGAUGGGGUUUGCUUCAUCUGAUCACAAAGAUGACUGUUCUGAUGCUACCUCUGAACUGCCAAAUACAGCUAGUAUGCUGAAAGGUCCAAAUCAAUCACUUGCUGGAGCAAAAAUGCUAGACAAUUACAUGGCAUUGGAAGACUAUUCUGAAACUUUUCAAGGGUCAAAUGAAAAUUCUUUACCACAUUUUAGCAAAAUGGCAUCAGUGUUAACAACAAAACCCAGUGGGAACAGAUAUGGAUCAAACCUAAUCAGGUCUCCAGAAUUAAGCAACGGUGCGAUGAGUGCAAACAAUAAUGAAGAUAAUCUUUGUGGAGGCAGAGGGUCAGAAAUCAAAAAUAAUGAGCAGUGCAUCUCUCUAAAAAUCCUGUUGUCCUGGUAUGGUAAACCCCUGAAAGACUAUGAACUCUGGGCAUUAUGUCAUGAGUGUUUAUGUACUCUGCAGACUUGUGGAGAUUAUCCAGUGGUGUUAUGUUUGGACUCCGUGCUUAUUGACUGCCAUGGAAGUAUCCUCUUUGCUGCUCCAAAAGCUAAUGAAUCAUGUGAUAUAUUUUACUUAGCUCCUGAAAUUGAAGAAGAGUAUGCAGAUACUGAGAAGGUCUGCAUUUAUGGUAUUGCUGCAGUUCUGUGGAUGGCUGCAAAAUCCAGUGUUCCACCAAGUCACAAACUAGCAUUGCCAAGAAAAUUUAAAAAACUUCUUCUGGGUAUGGCAAGAAAAAACCCUGAAGAAAGACCUUCUCUAGCUGAUGCAAUUAAGACAUGCAGUCGUUAUUUAUUUGAACAAGGUGUAAACAGCAAAAACAUUUUGGCAUUGCUGAAUAAAUCUGUCUUUAAGGCUGUUGAGGAAGACAUAAUCUCGUCUCAAGAUCAUGUUGCUUUUGCAUUUAAAAAUGAAAGACAUGAAAUGGACCCUUCAGAGUCAAGUCUAGGAUUUGUGCCUAUUACCAGUGAAAGUAAACUUGUAGCAGUUAAAGGACCAGUACCAUGCCAGAUUUCUCUAAAUUGCAAGAAAGCUACAUUACCUGUUGCAUUCACCUCACCUGCAACUCACUUCAAGCCUAUUAUUCUGCAACAAAAUGAAAAUAUAACAAGAGAGAUUCACACACCAGUUUCUGAGCAAUUCAAGAAAGAGACAAGAAAAGAAAAACACAUGGACAACAACAAAUCAGGAUUUACAGAAGACUCUAAAAGCUGUGCUACUGAGGACACAAGUGUUGCUGAACCUGAAAUACAUGAGUGUGAUUUACAAGUUCCAGGCCACUCAUCCCAAAUAUCUUCAGAAGAGCAAAAGCCAAUCAGCACAUUUACUUCUACAGUUACUUUACCAACACCGUCUGAUUCCUCACGUAUUCUAGAGGAAAAGAGCAUAUUACCUGAAGUUGGUUCAAACUCCUCAGCUUGUCCUACUUCUUCUAAUUUUCUUCAUAUAAGUAACAUCAUUCUCAAACAGGACUCAGAGAAAAGAGUUACAACAUUUGUACCAGUACAUUUAGCUGUAUCAGAGCAAAUACCAAAUAAACCUCUUCGUUCAAGAAUUGCUUAUGAUUGCUAUCAUAGUUUGCCAGGGCUACUUUCAAGUACUAUUGCAAGUUAUAAGAUAAGCAUGCAGACAGAAAAUGAUGCUUCCCCUUACGAAGUGCAAAACUGCGAAGCUGCUAAUACACAGAACAAGUUUGAUAAAAGUAACCCAGUUAUUCACACCACCUGCCAAGAAAUUGAGUGUGCUGCCAUUGUAGACAGUAUUUUCACUGAACAAGGAUACACACCAUGUACCUCAGUGAAUCAAGGAAAUUCUUAUCUCUUUGACGCUGAAGCCCUGUCCCCGCAGAACAGAACAAGUGACACUUUACUACAGGAAGUGGUUCAUCUUAUACAAGAGGAGUUUGCAUUUGAUGGCUAUCUAGAGAAUGGAGUUGAAGUUUUUGAUAUGGGUAACUUCAUUUUAAACUUAAAGGAAAUUAGAUUUGGCAUAUUCUCCAAUAGAAUUUGUGAAAAGUUUUGUGACCUCUACUGGGAUGAAAAAUUACUGGAGAAUCUCUAUCAGGUAGUAAAUGGAGAAAGACCUUCACAUUUAUGCAUAACUGAGGCAGAUGAUUCAGAGUGUGGCAAUGUAUUCCAAGAUCUAAAGAAUUUUGAUAGCUUGUUGGCAAGCGGUGAUCAGACAGAGGGAGAAGGGGAAGCAGCCUUUGAUGUCAAGGCUGAGCCUAUGAUAAAUACAUCAUUAGGUGAAAUGGAAUUUGAUGAGUCACCUUUGGAUAAUAUCAAAAAAGAAUUGAGGCUGCAAAAUACUGUCCCCUUAGAGAAAGAGCAACAAUGUUUACAAGGCAAUGACAGUCGUAUUGGUCCAGGCUUUGCAGAAGACAAUAUAGAGCCCGAGGAAAAGACCAUGAUAAAGAUGGCUGGAAACAGCUACCUUGCGUCUCCCAACCUACCUGACUUUCACAGCUGUAGUCCUGGUUGGAGCAGUGCAUUUUAUGGAGCUGAAUGUUUUGAUUCAGAAGUUCAAAAUUACAUGAAAAACCUUGGAAAGCAGAAAUCAAGUGAGUCACAAAAUAUAGAUGCUAAAAAAGUGGAACUAGAACAGUUGCUAAUGAUGGAGACAAAAAAUUACGGAAAGACCAUAAAGUUUUACCAGAAACUGUUACAGAAAGAAAGAAGCAGGAAAGGUCCUGAAACUAAAUCUAUGUUGCCCAAACUGAGAGAACAGCUACAGGAGAUUAAAUCAAAAGUACAGUUUCUUGAACUGGUGAAGAAAUAUGUGCAGAUCAUGUACGCAGAGCAGUGGGGUGUGGAAUCCUGUGUGCUGCCUACAGUCAUUCGCAACGGGAGAACUGACAUGGUGGAUGUGACACCUACAGAUGAGUCAUCAGUGCUUCUUUACUAUAACACAGAGAAACAUCAGUGUAAUAAACAAAAUGGAACAGGAGUUCUGCAGGCUGGUACACCACUUGGUUUAAUGGCUUAUUUAUAUUCUAGAAAUGCAUUUUUAGAAGGCUAUGUACAGCAGUUUCUCUACACAUUUCGCUAUUUCUGCACACAAGAAGAAUUUUUGCAGUUUCUUCUUGAUAGAAUCAGCAGCACUUUGUCCAGUGCAAGCCUGGGUCCUUCCACCUCACUUACCAAAAUAUGUAACCGCAGUUUCUACAUCCUGCAGGCUUGGAUUGAAGACUGCUACAGUGUAGACUUUGCAACAAAUACUGAUCUUUUAUGCACCUUAAAAGAAUUUAUUUCUUCCAAGGUUGCUCCAUUAAAUGGCUAUGGUGAGCGAUUGUUGUCAUUGCUUGAGGAUGCUUCUGCCAGGAGAAGUGGCAGUGCUUAUCAGAACUCCAGCCUGGACAAAUGUGAAGAGGAAGGUGAGAAGGACAGAAAAACAUUACAUUCCAUAUGUAAAAAACUCUCAGAAGACGCUUCCCGAAAGAACUUUAACUGGAAACUUUUGAAAGGUGUGGGACCAAUUGCACAAUAUCAGAGAGAGCGACUGUACACUGGUUCAUCAGUUUUGCCAAAGCCAUGCUAUAACACUUUAACAGAAGAAUUCCCAGUCUCCUUCACUAAAGCAGAUGAAGUAGGACCGUAUCUCUUAAUAGAAUACAGUGUGCAACAGCUUUGUUGUCAGCUGACAUUACUGCAACAGGAAGUAUUUCAUAAAUGUCAUCCAGUACACUUUCUAAAUUCAAGAGCACUUGGUGUUAAAGACAAAUGUGUUUCUGUCCAAAAAGCUGUUUCUGCUGAGACAGUUUCUUUUAAAGUCUGUAAUCUGUUUCUGUCAAAGUGCAUACAAGACCAGUACCUUCUACAAUUAUUAAGAAAUGCAGACAGUGUCAGCACCUGGGUUGCUGCUGAAAUUGUAACAUGUCACACAUCUAAGCUGCAGGUGAGCUUGUUGUCAAAAUUUCUUCUUAUAGCAAAACACUGCUAUGAACAAAGAAAUUUUGCUACUGCGAUGCAAAUCCUAGCAGGCUUGGAAAAUCUUAUUGUACGACAGUUACCAGCCUGGAAAAUUUUACCUGCAAAAGUAGCUGAAAUAAUGGAGGAACUCAAGGCUGUUGAGGUGUUUUUAAAAAGUGACAGCUUGUGCUUGAUGGAAGGAGAAAGAUUCAAAACACUUCCAACAAUUCCAUCAGCCCAUGUUUUGGCUAUGCAUGUCCAACAACUUGAAACUGGGGGAUUCACAAUGACAAAUGGAGCUCACAAGUGGACUAAACUUAAAAAUAUUGCAAAAGUUGUGAGCCAAGUUCAUGCAUUUCAAGAGAAUCCUUACACAUAUACACCAGAUUUCAAGCUGCAAUCUUACCUCAGACAAAGAAUAACUCGCUUUAAAGACGCAGAUGUUUCUGCCUUGGCAGCUGACAACUGUGCCAACUUCCAUCAGAUACCAGCAGAAAAACAUUCUCGAAAAAUUCAGGACACACUGCGCAGAAUGAAGGCAACAUUUCAGUAAUUAUUUACAUUUCAUCUGUUGUAUUCAAAGUGUGGAUUGUAAGACUAGAUUCAGUUGACUUCAUCUCCUGGACCGAUUCCUAAGCAGAUACUUAAGGGAAGUGACUUAAAAUACUAUCUCAAGUUGACAUAAUUAUAUUUUUAACAUGGAAUUAUAAAAUGCUGACUAAUGAAAUUUGAAUCCCUAGCAACUGGAUGAAAGAUCAAAAGAAUAGAGGUAAAGAUAAAAGUACAAAGAGUGUAGAAGAAAAGGAUGACUAAUUCUCACUGUUGUUUAGCAUUAAAAAAAUAAUUAACCCCAAAACAAAUAUCUAAACAAUACUGUUGAUAUACAUUAAAAUUAUAGCUUCUGUUGCAAAGUUGGCUUAGGAGAGUUCAGAGUAUAGUUCAUUAAAUGUUGAGAAUAUUUUUAUAUAAACAUAGUACACUUGUAUCCUGUCACAGUGGUCAUAUAAUUCAGGGACACAGAUCAUCUGCGAUCCUUUCACUGUUGGUGUGUCUUGCUUUUAUGUUGUGUAUUUUGAAAACUAUAAUUCAGUUAAAGAAUUUGCCAUCUUUUUCUUCAAGCAUACUGAGGAAGGAGAGGAAUGCCAUGCUGCAACAUUUUUUUUAUUUAUUUUGUUUUGGUUUUUAAUGUCAUCAAACUAACCUUUUUCCAAGUGAAAAUAAGGUCUGAAUCUAAAUAUUAUGAAUUUAUUGCUUUGCUCAUGGCCUUGUCAAAACAGUAAGUGUGAAAUUGCUUUUUUUUUUUCCUGUAUUGGGCACAAGAAUCAAUUUGUGUAUGUAUGUAUGUGUGCAGAUUUGAUUAUGGCUUUUGCUCCUGAGGUUUCUUUUGUAGACUGCAGUGCUCCAACAGCAUUAAGUAGAAGAUAACUGUGUGAAAUUUGGAUAUGCAACUUGUAAAACUUCAGUGAUAACCUGUUUGUAGAGCUUAUACUUACAAGACCUUCUAAAUGGCAAUGAAUUGUGAUGCUGUUGCUAGGAAGUUUGUUGAGCUACCCAGGUUUAUGCAAAGCCAAAUUAUUAAGGCUACAAAUUAGUUACAAAUGCAAGUAUAUCUACCGGAGACACAAUGAUAAUAUUGGACAAGAAGUGGGGAAGGGCAAGAGCAGCUAAAAGAAGCUCUCUCCUCACAGCUAUUUGCUAAACUAGUCUUAAAAAAAAAAAAAAAAAGUAAGAAAAUGUUUUGAAAUAUGUGAAGAGCAGAUGUGAACUGUCUUGACACAUUUUGGUGAUGGAGAAGGAUAAUGAUGUAAGCAAUGAGAAUGUGCACAGACCUAGUAUAUUACAAGUUGUAUUACUCUAUUUGACAGAAAUGCAUGUGCACAUGUAAAUUGUAGCUUCUUCAGUGCUUAAGAGGAAAGCCUCUCCUUUUCUCUUGUCAGUAACAGCAAUAUAUACAUCACAGGCCACUCCUCAUAUUUCUCAGUAAAAAUAAGGUAUGUCCAUAUUUUCCGUAAAUAUUCAGUUACUUUUUCAUACUAAUAUAGUAAUACUAACGUUUGUGUUCUUCUUGGUUUAAACACUAGAGAACUCAGUCCUCAACCAUGUUUUCUUGCAUGUGUUCUACUCUUAGGAUGAUUUAUUUUAUUAUUUGCCAUGUGUAGGUUUAGCAUGUCGUUAAUUGUAGUAUUCUGACUUACCCUUAAGGAAACAAAAUGUGUUGCUAUUUCUUUAAAUAUUGCCAAAUGUAAAAACAUUUAAUCUUGGCCUUCUGUCUUUAUGCAAUACAGUGAUUUGAGAAUGUUAAUGAUAACCUUACCUUCAGACACACAUUUCACGUAUUUGAUCUAUAUGCAUUUAUUUUUAAAGAACUGUUUUUAUUAGUAUUUAUUGGGGUUUUCUCCAUUAAAAAUUACCAUUCAAUUGAAGCCACGCCUUGCCUUUGAAAGAUAGUAAAAUCUUAAGUAGCAUAAGCUUUACUAAUGUAAAGAACUCCACAAAACUUGCCAAUCAUAUUAUUUUAAUAAAUUAAUUUUACACAGUU